AGAGAUGAGAUUGUUGCAAAGGUUAUAUUGUAUCUGUAAAGAAGCAGCAGUGAGGUAUCAACCAUACGUCGGGCUGGAGGUGCACGCUCAAAUUAUGACCAGGACGAAACUAUUCUCUUCAGCAGAAUUUGAUGAUUCUGCUCAUGUUAAUUCUUGUAUUGCACUGUUUGACAUGGGACUUCCUGGAACUCUUCCUGUUCUCAACAAAAGUGCCGUGAUGAAAGGCAUAGCAGCAGGUCUUGCACUGAAUUGUAAAAUACCUAAACGAUGCAAGUUCGAACGCAAGCAUUAUUUUUAUGCAGAUUUACCGAUUGGCUAUCAAAUUACUCAGAGGGAUCAGCCUAUUGCUCAUUCUGGAUUUUUCGAAUUUUAUGUAUAUUCUGAUGACAAUUCAUUUGUACCUUACAAAAAGCGAAUAAAUAUCAUGAGAAUUCAACUUGAAAAUGACAGUGGUCGAAUUGUUCAUGAUCUUAGCAACAAUCGUUCCUUAAUCGAUCUUAACCGAGCUGGAGUUGGAUUACUAGAAAUAGUUACAUCACCUGACAUCACUUCUGCAUUAGAAGCGUAUUGCUUCACUCAACAACUACGUCUGACUUUAAUGGCAAAUAACUUGUGCGGAGGAGAAAUGCAAAAAGGUCAAUUUCGCGUGGAUGUGAACAUUUCAUUGGGCGAAGCAAGUAGCGGAAACUUUGGUGUCCGAACUGAAAUCAAAAAUUUAAAUAGCCUUCGUAUGGUACGUCGAGCUAUUGACAAUGAAAUAGCUAGACAACGUCAAAUCUUACUUUCUGGGAGCUCAGUAAUUAAUGAAACACUUACUGUAGAUUGUAGUGGUCACGCAGUGACAAUGAGAGAAAAAGAAGUUGAAACAGACUAUCGAUUUUUGCCCGAAACAAAUCUUCCACCAGUGCAUAUUAAGGAAGAGUGGAUAAAGACUUGUAAAUCGAUGAUUGUGAAGCCUAGUUAUCUAAAGUGCAUCGAAGAAUAUGGAAUAGAACCACGAACUGCAUUGAAAAUAGCUAGCGAAAAAUCAGUCACGAAGUUUUUUGAAAAAAUAUUAGCUAUUUGUAAAACUGUUAAAGUAAUCCCAGUAUUAGUUGAGUGGGUCUAUUCAUUACAGACAAUCUGUCACAAUUGCAACAAACCAUUUCCACCAUCAGGGCAGUUGCCCAAAGAAACUUUCAUCGGUCAUUUUGUGGAAGCCAUUGAGCUUUUUCAUGCUAAGAAAUUAACCAAAUUGACUACUUUUGAUUUGUUACGGAGGUAUGUUCGAAACGAAUUGAACAAUUCUCCUACUGAGACAGCAAACGUUGAAACUUUAUGGCGAAUAGCUGACAAAGAUGACAUCAUACGUAUUUUCGAGAAAGUAAUGCUUGACAAUAGCGAACUUGUUGCAAAAGUACGGAAAAAUGGAGCUAAAAAGCAUUUUACUAAAUUGCGUACAGCUGUGCUUAAUGAAUGCAAUAGACAAAUUGAAGCUGAUGAGAUAAGCGAACUCAUCAUGCAAAGAAUUUGUGAGAAGAAAAAAGUCUGAAG